AUGUCCCUGGAGGGAUUAGUAUGCUUCGAACAGCACUUUCUUUUUUCAAAUCGAAUAUUUCAAUUUCUAAUACGUAUACGUCCUAAUCAAAGUUCGAACGAGCAGUUGAUUUUGCUUUGUGCGGUAUUAGUUUUCGUAUUACCAUUGAUAUUGCAUCAGAUCAAAUUAUUGUUAGCUCAUGUAAAAAUAGAUUACAUACUUGCGAAGGACGAGAAUGAAUUGAAAAUUAUUGAAAAAUAUACUAAGGAAAGUAAAUGGUAUGCGUCUAUUCUCAUUGUUAUCAUCAACUUAUUUAUUAUUGCAAUAAUUUUUCCGAGUAUUUCAAAGGUUUUCAUGUAUUUUUUUGGAACAUUGAACGAUACUCAUUUAACACUGCCAUGUCCUAUUAAUAAUGUACUUUAUGCAGGAUGGUUAUAUUAUAAUUUGCUUAUUUAUCAAAUAAUAGGAUUUUUUAUUAUGAUGACAAUAAUUGUAGCUUUCUCAUCAUUAUGUUGGGUAAUCUUGCAGCACGCAUGUGGUCAAUUUGGUGUUAUGAUAUUAAAAAUACGUCAACCAUUUGAGAGUGAUCAGAUACGUACAAAAAAGGUUUCGCUGCGUAGAACACUUCAGGAAGAAUACAAUUGGAUAGUCGAUAUAAUUAAGUGUUACACAAGAAUUACGAAGUACAUUAUUAUUGCAAAUAAUAUUUUCAAGGAGAUUUAUUUCAUUGCCAUCUUCAUUUCGAUGAUAAUCUUAUUUGAAUUAACUGUGAUAUUAUGUAAUAUUCCAUUUUACAAUCUUUCCAUUAAAACUCAAAAAAUGUUAUUAUUUUUAUUAACGCGGUGUAUUAAACCGAUAGAAUUUUCAAUCGGUGGUAUAUUUAUCGCGUCACACGUAGUUUUUGCUGCGCUGGUACAAAAGGCAUUUUCUUUUGCUAUGGUGUAUUAUACUGUUUUACAAAUCUAA